CGAACUGCGACCAUCGACCUUCCAUGGACUCUUUCAUGCAACCCUAAGCAUUCUUCUGGUCUGUCUGUCUGUGUACUUCUACCCCUUCGACGACACAUCCCUUUCGAUCGCUCACGUAACGAACCGCCGCCAUGAUAUUACGGAGUCUCCUCCUUCUCGCGACCUCCCUCCUCUCCUUCACCCUCGCCGAUGUCUUGGUCACCACACCCGCCGCAGGAGCCUCGAUUGCAAGUCUCACACUCAACGUGGCAUGGAAAGAUUCGGGGAGUACGCCCAAAAUCGCGGAUCUCGCUUCAUACCAACUUUUUCUCUGCGCAGGAGGAAACGACGAGGAUAACUAUAUACAACUGGCGACCCUAGUAACAACCGGCGAUUUUGCAGAUGGCAAUUCAGUCUCAGUCACCCUGACUACUGGUCUAGGCGGGAACGUGCAAAAUGCAUACUUCCUGAAAUUCAUCUCCGCGGCCACAGGAGGCACAGUCGUCAACUUCUCCGACCGCUUUUCCCUCACUGGCAUGACAGGAACGUUCCCUGCAGCGGUCACAGCAGGUUUGAAGACCGUCACGGGGACAGCCGGGCCAGCAACACAAAAUAAUGUUCAGUCCUCUCAAAAUAACGCCGCCGCCGCUGGGGCAGAUGCCAUUCCAGCCAACGGAGCGUCCGAGUACAGUGUUCCUUAUACCAUGCAGACUGCCAGUAUUCGUUAUGCACCGAUGCCACCAAUUGCUCAGACCAAAAUCACUGCGAAGAACGCGUCGCCUCAGUGGCCGACGAGCGCAUAUACUGUAUACAAGUCGAACGUUGGGGCGCCCAACGCUGUCACUACCCAUACUGAGGUUUUCACAUUCAGUGUUUCGAGUAGAGAAGCGACGGUCGCUGCGGCUGGUCAACCCACCGAUGCAGCAAUGCAAAAGUACCUGAAUCGAUGGAAGGAUUAGUUUGGCCUUUUAUAGCAUUAACGAAAUUGUAUGGACGGCGUCAAGGUGCAUAAUUCCUGGUGCAGAAUGGAGUUCUUUCUCUUGUCAAUAUGAAUCAUACCUUUAAAAGGCAAGGAUGGUGGUACGCCUCCAACGCCAUGCUCGUCAUGAUCAAUCAAAACCCACUAGAACAAUGU